ACGUGAUAACACCUGUGGCUCCCCAUCCCUGGAGGAGCUGGCCUGGCUGCUGUCUGCCGCCUUCCCUCCAUUAGCCACAGCUAUUGGAUUUGCCACCCAGAAUCUUUAGGUAAAUGAGAUCAUGAUUCUGGAAGGAAGUGGUGUAAUGAAUAUCAACCCCAGCAACAACCUCCUUCACCAGCAGCCGGCCUGGACCGACAGCUACUCCACGUGCAAUGUUUCCAGCGGGUUUUUUGGAGGCCAGUGGCAUGAAAUCCAUCCUCAGUACUGGACCAAAUACCAGGUGUGGGAGUGGCUCCAGCACCUCCUGGACACCAACCAGCUGGAUGCCAGCUGCAUCCCUUUCCAGGAGUUCGACAUCAACGGCGAGCACCUCUGCAGCAUGAGUUUGCAGGAGUUCACCCGGGCGGCGGGGACAGCAGGGCAGCUCCUCUAUAGCAACCUGCAGCAUCUCAAGUGGAACGGCCAGUGCAGCAGUGACCUGUUCCAGUCCACACACAAUGUCAUUGUCAAGACUGAACAAACCGACCCUUCCAUCAUGAACACCUGGAAAGACGAGAACUAUUUAUAUGACACCAGCUAUGGUAGCACAGUAGAUUUGUUGGAUAGCAAAACUUUCUGCAGGGCUCAGAUCUCCAUGACAACCACCAAUCACCUUCCUGUCGCAGAGUCACCUGAUAUGAAAAAGGAGCAAGACCACCCUGCAAAGUGCCACACCAAAAAGCACAAUCCGAGAGGAACUCACUUAUGGGAAUUCAUCCGCGACAUUCUCUUGAACCCAGACAAGAACCCGGGGUUAAUAAAGUGGGAAGACCGAUCUGAGGGCAUCUUCAGGUUCUUGAAGUCAGAGGCUGUGGCUCAGUUAUGGGGAAAAAAGAAAAACAACAGCAGCAUGACCUACGAAAAACUCAGCCGAGCUAUGAGAUAUUACUACAAAAGAGAAAUUCUGGAACGUGUGGAUGGAAGAAGACUGGUAUAUAAAUUUGGGAAGAAUGCUCGAGGGUGGAGAGAAAAUGAAAACUGAAGCUUCCAACACUUUGAACACAAACCAAAACACACACCAGAUAACAAACAGAGAACUCCUGGACGUAAAUAUUUCGAAGACUACUUUUCUCUGAUAUUUAUGUACCAUGAGGGGGAAGAAAAACUACUUCUAAUGGGAAGAAGGAACACUACCGUUGAUAAAAAAUUAUUUUGUUACUUUGAAGUAUGUCCUAUAUGGAGGACAAACGUACACAGUUUUCUGUGAAAUACGAUGCUGUCUGUGGUUGUGAUUUGUUUUCACCUCUAUUGUGAAGUUCUUUUCCACUGCAAGAAUAGCAGGGUUUGUGGCCUUGUACUUCUUGCUAAGAGAAAGGGAAAAAAAAAAAAAAUCAGAGGGCAUUAAAUGUUUUUGUAUGCAAAAUGAUUUAGAAAAAGGUGAUGUGUCCUCCACACAUAAGCAUCCACGUGGCCUUGUUAAGAAAAGUGGACACGGUCGCCAGGCUGAACUCCAGGAUUUCAGAUUGAUGGAGUAAACUGGAAGGUUGCUGGGAAGUUUAACCUGACCUUUAGGAUCCAGUGAGUGGAGGAUGGGGGCUUCCAAAAUCCAGGGUGGGCUGUAAUCACUGCAUAAUCGCAUGACUUGAAAUGUUUAAAUCAGCAAGCAGAAUAAUGGUGGGGUCUUCAUACUCAUCCAGAGAUGAUUUACCUGAUGCCAGGGGGAUCCCCCUCACUUUGCCUUGGACGGUCGGUGGAAAAGCUUCAGUUGCCAUGUCUGCUCACUUCUAUUUAUCCAAAAGAGGGCUCAGCCUUGGUUAUUUUUAUUCCAACUGCUUAAUAAAUGAGUGGGAAAAAGAGGUGGUGGUGUGAACACGAAUGAUGAGUUUGCUCUUGUAUCUCUACAGUCCACGGUUUCUCAGCACAGGUGACAUUUUGGGUAGGAUCAUUCUUUGUGGUGAGCGCUAUCCUGUGCAUUGCGGGAUGUUUAGCGGUGUCCGCGACCUCUACCCACUAGAUACCGGAAGCACUCCUCAGCUGUGACAACCAAAACUGU